AUGGGUCGUUUGGUCUUUUUUAACCGUCGUCUGCCUAUAUCUGCCGAUGACCUUUAUCUACCAGUCUUGUAUUUAGUGAUUCUGAGAACCUUAUGGACUCCUGCAACCGCAUUUGUAUAUUAUCUGGUGAACGACAACUGCAGUUGGACUUGGCUUGUACGACUCUAUGUAUUCAUUGGCAUGUGUAUAGGCAUCAUCAUUUGGGUUAACGAGUCUGUCAUUUGCUUUCUAUCGACUCGAGGCACCAUUGUUAAAAAAGAACCUCGAAAGGCUAUUUCACCAUUGUGCCAUAUUGAUUUCAUUCUGGUUAUUCUAGAUUUUGGGUGUCAGAUUUUUGGUGCAUAUUCGACAUAUGGCUUGCCAAUUCAAACCGAGGAAGUCACUAAAGAAUGCCAUACCCCGCUGCCUCUCUACUCCAUCUACAUACUUCAUAUUGUGAUUAUCUGGGGAAUCAUUACAUCCAUCGGCUAUUUUACUAUUGUCGGCUUGUUUAUCUAUAGCUCGAGAAAAAAGCGAUCAAGGGAUAUCAAUAUGGCCAAAUAUAUGCGACUUUGGCAGCGCCGCAUUCAAUGGCUAUGUUCCGGCCCUCAUAACAGAAAACGAGAAGGUCAGAAAGCCAUCCUGAAUGUAUCUCGAGAACUUGCAGAUUACUUCAAGGAUGUCGAUUGGUCCCCUUCUGAUAUUGCUGUAGGACUUAUUCUACUCAAGAGAGAGCAGAAAAUGGCCCGUGAGGCUGCCGAGGUUAAACAGGCUCUUCCCGGAUCUUCGUUUUGUAUAAACAGUACUCAACCUGAAGGGAUUAGAUCCAUGUCGUCAUUUUCCGGAUCAAGUAUCUUGGCUGGAGCAGGUGGAGGUUCACAAGUGCAUCAUUUACAACUCCAAAAGAGCCAGCAACAUCUACAGUAUUUGCAGCACCAGCAACAGGCUAUGCAAGGUCAACUUAAACCAAAGCAGCUGCCUACGUUGGUAGAGACCUCGUUAAACUCGGUUGCAGCAGAAAGCAGUCAAGGUCUCUCUGAAUCUAUGAAUCAGCCUGCAUCAGUAAAAUCAAAUCAUCCAUGGGGUGGAAUUUCUAAAACCAAGGUUUCUAGUAGCUUUCCUCAGCUGAAUACCACGCAAGGACCUUCUGAAAAUAAUCUGCAUUCAAACAGUGGGCACAUGGAAGGAUAUUCAGAAUCAUCAGACGGUUCAUUGUCAGUCAAACGGAAAAUGAGCUUUCCUUUUACAGCAACAACUCAACCAGAUAAAUAUGUUACUAUUGAAAUGACCACCAGCCAUCGAUCUCCUGAAACUCCAGUAUCCGCACUGCCAGUAGAUCAACCUGCCUUUUCUGACUCAACUAUGCCAUCAAAACUAAAUUGUUCUUUGAAUUCUAGUGGUAGGGCUGAUCGUAUAGUAAAUAUUGAAUUAUCGGAAACUCCCACUCUAGAAACUCCACCAAACAGCAACUCUGCCACAUCAGAAAACACAACCGAUGCACGCAUACUAAAGUCAAACAUGUCAGCUUUAGAUUCCAAUACCGAAAAAAAAGAACUUUCAACAAACUCUUUGGAAAAAUCUGUCCAAUCAACAACUCUCACACAUCCACAUACGCUGGAAAUAUCCAUUGAUUCAUCUGAAGAGAGCAUGCAUGUGGUUGAGGAAAAAUUGAACACUAUCGAGUUUUCAGCCAAUAAUUUAGACGUGGAAUUGCAACCUAAACCAGGUGCGUGUAUGAUAAAUACCAAGAAAUCUAUGAUAUCUGCUCGAGCAAGUUCAGACUAUGGUGGUAAUUUGCGCAAAUCUAUUGAUAUGGAUUCGUCUGUUUCCAAUGUUACAGACAGCACAGGUAGAACAACUCGUCCUCUUGUUCGUGAAAUACCAGCCAGCAACGAUCGUAAAUCUCAUGAGCGACGACUAGGAUAUUCUCCUGAACGUCGUCCAGCUGGACUGUCAGUGCCUUUGCAGCAUGCUGUUCUUUCGCGUGCUGCACUCUCCACUCCGUCCGUUGCCAUAUCGAGUCCUCACUCUCGGUGGCCGCGUGCAAGCGAAACUGCGGCAGUGUCGGCUACUCAACAACUGCCAGGAUCCAUGACAAACAUCUCUAUUGACGGCCAUAAACGUAUGAGCAUUGCAUCUGAAACAAGCUCUCGUCGCAUGUCUCUUGCAACUGACUUUCGUUCUUACGAAUACUAUACUGCUCACCGCUCUAGACCUGGUCAAACCUACAUUCUUAAAGAAGAUAUCCAGGACAUCCUUCACUUUGCCCACUAUGCUGAACUUGUCUAUAUCAACUUUGACUCGACCGCUUACUACAACAAAAUAGAUGUGCUUAUCCAUGUUUCACCAAAAAACGAUCUGUACAUGUCUCCUUAUAUGAUCUCGUUUGAUCAUGAAUGGAGAGCAAUUGUGGUAUCUAUUCGAGGAACUUAUUCUGCUGCAGAUGUAUUGGUUGAUUUGUCGAUUGAUCUGGAUGUUCUCGAACCCUAUCAGGAUGAAGAGAGUGGGCGUAUUAUGUUUGUGCAUUCGGGUAUUCUUGGCACAGCGAAAAACAUCUACAAUGAGAUUAUUGCUGACCAACAUUUGGCAAAUAUUCUUUUGGAUGAAAACUCUGCAUAUGCUGACUAUGGUAUUGUUGUGUGCGGACAUUCACUUGGAGCUGGAGUUGGCGCACUGGUUGCAUACUUUUUACGCAAAGCUGGCUAUCUGUCAACAAUAUGCUAUGCAUAUGAGCCACCAGGCGGCUUGAUCUCUGAGGAAGCCGUUCCCAUUUUUGAAUCCUUUUGUGUUUCUAUUGUUACGGGCGAUGAUUUGGUUCCUCGCCUGUGUCGUAACUCGAUGGAUAUUCUCAAGGCAGAUGUGGACCGCCUUAUCAAUGUAUGCGAUCUCCCCAAACAUCGCAUAUUUGGAUCGGUGCUAUUCAAUGCUUGCAGUGGGCCAUCUGAAAAAACAAAGUUUAUCAUCAAUAGACUACGACGACGACAUGGUGUCGAUGUGACCGAGUCACAUGCGGACCAACUCAAACAGAUUCGUAAACAGACUCGAUCUCUCCCAUUUGCAUGGCGUCAGGACAGUUCAGAGGGCAUGAAUACAGAUGGAGGUAGUAUUGAACGCACAUGUCCACCCAUGUUUGUUCCCGGCCGUAUUCUCUAUAUUGAAAAACUGCGCGGAUUCUCAGCUAAAUACUCUAAUCCAGCUGUUCCCCGGGACCAACUGCCUGACAACCAACGGCGUCGUACAACUCGACGUAAACCUGGAAAUGCCUCCUUGAUGGCAAUUAAACGUACCAUCAGUACCCAAAUUGACCAUAUCAAGCAGCGUACCAAAGAUCUAAAAUACAUCUAUGUCCCUCGUUGGGCAGACAAAACCGAGUUCCUGUACAUGAUUAUUUCUCGGUCCAUGAUGACAGAUCAUUCACCAUUUGGCAUUUUACGAGAGUUUGAUGAUUCCGCCUUGCACAUUCCACUACAGACAACAAGCUGA